CAGAUUCAAAGAGGUAAAAAAUGUCGUUGUGUUUGGUUAUAGCUUGUAUGGUAACAUCAUGGAUCUUCUUACACCGAUGGGGACAAAGAAACAAGAGUGGUCCAAAGACUUGGCCUUUGGUUGGAGCAGCGAUCGAACAGUUAACUAAUUUUGAUCGAAUGCAUGAUUGGCUCGUUGAGUAUCUUUAUAACUCAAGAACAGUAGUGGUUCCAAUGCCAUUCACUACUUAUACAUACAUAGCUGAUCCCAUCAACGUUGAAUAUGUCCUGAAAACAAACUUCUCCAAUUACCCCAAGGGAGAGACUUAUCAUUCUUAUAUGGAAGUAUUGUUGGGAGAUGGGAUUUUCAAUUCUGAUGGAGAGCUUUGGAGGAAACAGAGAAAAACCGCGAGUUUCGAAUUUGCUUCCAAGAAUCUUAGAGAUUUUAGUACUGUAGUGUUUAAAGAGUAUAGUCUUAAACUCUUCACUAUCCUUUCCCAAGCAUCUUUCAAAGAGCAACAAGUAGAUAUGCAGGAAUUGUUGAUGAGAAUGACUUUGGAUUCAAUAUGUAAAGUGGGAUUUGGUGUGGAGAUAGGGACAUUGGCUCCAGAGUUACCAGAGAAUCACUUUGCUAAGGCUUUUGAUACCGCAAAUAUAAUCGUAACACUUCGUUUCAUAGAUCCUCUUUGGAAGAUGAAAAAGUUCCUUAACAUAGGCUCUGAGGCAUUGCUUGGUAAAAGCAUAAAAGUAGUCAAUGAUUUCACCUAUUCAGUCAUAAGAAGAAGGAAAGCAGAGUUAUUAGAGGCACAAAUAUCUCCUACCAACAACAACAACAACAACAACAACAAGGUGAAGCACGAUAUACUCUCGAGGUUUAUCGAGAUCAGUGACGAUCCAGAUAGCAAAGAAACAGAGAAAAGCCUAAGAGAUAUUGUCCUCAACUUUGUAAUAGCUGGAAGAGAUACAACAGCAACAACUCUCACUUGGGCUAUAUACAUGAUAAUGAUGAAUGAAAAUGUUGCUGAGAAACUAUACUCAGAGCUACAAGAACUCGAAAAAGAAAGCGCGGAAGCGACUAAUACAUCGUUGCAUCAAUACGAUACAGAGGAUUUCAAUUCCUUCAACGAGAAGGUAACAGAAUUCGCAGGACUAUUGAACUACGAUUCCUUAGGAAAACUUCACUACUUACAUGCUGUGAUCACAGAAACACUUCGUCUCUACCCUGCCGUUCCUCAGGAUCCGAAAGGAGUAUUAGAAGAUGAUAUGUUACCAAAUGGGACAAAAGUAAAAGCUGGAGGGAUGGUCACAUAUGUACCUUACUCAAUGGGUCGUAUGGAAUACAAUUGGGGAUCAGAUGCAGCAUUGUUUAAACCCGAAAGAUGGCUUAAAGAUGGAGUCUUUCAAAAUGCAUCACCAUUCAAGUUCACAGCUUUUCAGGCUGGACCAAGGAUAUGUUUGGGAAAGGAUUCAGCUUAUCUGCAAAUGAAGAUGGCAAUGGCAAUACUUUGCAGAUUCUAUAAGUUUCAUUUGGUGCCAAAUCAUCCUGUCAAGUAUCGGAUGAUGACGAUCUUAUCCAUGGCUCAUGGCUUGAAGGUUACUGUAUCCAGACGUUCAUAGACACACACACAAAAAAAAAAAAAAACUAUACAAAGUCAAAUCCAUUUGAAAUGAUCCAAGAAGAGAUAUAAUUAAAAUCUUUAUAACUAUCUUGUUCUAAAACUUCUCCAUAAGAUAAAUUUUAUAGAUCAAACAACAAUUGUGAGGC